AAGUAGAAAAUAUUGAAGAUAGCAGAAAGUAAGACCUACAUACAUAUCUGAGAGUAAAGUAAAAUAGAUAAGAGAUCAAAUUUUAAGUAUUUUUUAUUGAGCAAAGUUCAAUAAUUAAUUUUUAAAUUAUUAUCAAUAUGGAGAAGCAUGAUGCAUUGUUACAAGUACAUUUAGAAAGACCUGUGUAUGAACAAGAAACUUUAAAUGAGGAUUAUCAUUAUGAAAAGCCCAGAACAUUUGAUUUUCAAGAUGUAAUAAGUGAUUUAAAACAUAAAAACUGGAGAUCAUGUUUUAUAUCUGCAAUUCCAUCAAUACAUUGGCUAAGAGAUUAUAACUGGAAAGAAAGUAUAAUGUCUGAUAUAAUUUCUGGCUUAACUGUAGCAAUUAUGCAUAUUCCUCAAGGCAUGGCUUAUGCACUUUUGGGAAAUGUACCACCAGUAGUUGGAAUAUAUAUGGCAUUUUUUCCUGUUUUAGUAUACUUUUUCUUUGGCACAUCUAGGCAUGUGUCUAUGGGGACAUUCGCUGUGGUUUGCUUGAUGACUGGGAAAACAGUGGCAUCUUAUUCAGUACCACACAAUGAAAUUGCAAGUCCAAAUGCUACAACUACAUUAUCUAAUUUACCUAUGGAAUAUUUAUAUACACCAAUGCAAGUAGCAACAGCAGUCACACUCAUGGUUGGAAUAUUUCAGAUCAUAAUGUAUAUAUUUCAUUUGGGUAUUAUAAGCACAUUGCUCAGUGAUCCAUUAGUGAAUAGUUUUACAACUGGUGCAGCAGUUUGUGUUUUAAUAUCCCAAAUUAAAGACCUAUUAGGCUUGAAAGUACCAAGACAAAAAGGAUAUUUUAAGUUUAUUUUUACAUUGGUAGAUAUUUUUAAAGAAAUACAAAAUACAAAUUUAACUGCUGUUCUUAUAUCAUUGAUAACAGUUGCUAGUCUUGUAUGUAAUAAUGAAUUUUUAAAGCCAUGGGUAAGUAAAAAGUGCAGUAUUCCAAUUCCAAUCGAACUAAUUGCAGUUGUGAGUGGAACUUUAAUUUCAAAAUAUCUUUGUUUUUCUGACAAAUAUAACAUUCAAGUUGUGGGUGAUAUUCCUACAGGAUUACCAGCUCCAACAGUUCCAACAUUUGAUUUGUUACAUCUAGUAGCAACAGAUAGUAUUGCUAUAACUAUGGUUUCUUAUACCAUUACCAUAUCAAUGGCUCUAAUAUUUGCACAAAAGUUUAAUUACAAAAUUAAUUCGAAUCAAGAACUUCUUGCUAUGGGUUUGAGUAAUAUAGUUGGAUCUUUCUUUCUAUGUAUGCCAGUAUCAGCAUCCUUAAGUAGAUCUUUAAUUCAACAAACUGUUGGUGGUCGAACACAAAUAGCUAGUGUUGUAUCAUGUAUAAUAUUACUUACAAUCCUUUUGUGGGUUGGCCCAUUUUUUGAACCUUUACCAAGAUCUGUUCUUGCAUCAAUUAUCGUUGUAGCUUUAAAAGGAAUGUUUCAGCAAGCCAGCCAGCUUAUAAAAUUCUGGAAAUUAAGUAAAUGUGAUGCACUAAUUUGGAUAUCAACAUUCUUGACAGUCAUAAUAGUAAAUAUUGAUAUUGGUUUGCUAGCUGGAAUAAUAAUAUCACUUGCAAUCAUUUUAUUGCAAAGUCUUAGACCAUAUAUUUGUUUAUUGGGACACAUACCAAAUACAGAUUUGUACUUAGAUAUGAGUAGAUUUAAAGCGGCAAUAGAAAUCCCUGGCAUCAAAAUUUUUCAUUACUGUGGAACAUUAAAUUUUGCAAAUACUAGCCAUUUCAAAUCGGAAUUGUAUAAAUUAAUUGGAAUAAAUCCAAAAAAAAUUAUAGAACAUAAAACAAAGUUAAGAGAAAAGGGAAUUUAUAUGGAUACAGAAGAGUCGGAAGACAAACAAGAAUUACAAUGUGUAAUAAUGGAUAUGAGUUCAUUAAGUUAUAUAGACUCUAGCGGCGUCAUUACACUAAAUUCAGUAAUGAAAGAAUUUCAACAAAUUGAUAUACACUUUUAUCUUGUAAGUUGUACUAGUCCCAUUUUCGAAACUAUCAAAAAAUGUGAUUUAUAUUUACAUGGAGCACUUACAUUUAAGAUUUUUGCAACUAUACAGGAUGCCAAAACGUAUUUAGAAAGAGAACUGUAUUCAAGAUAAUAUAUGCAAUUCAUCAUACUUACAAAUUACAAAUUAUAUUAUGGUUAUUUUGAACAA